GAGUCCACAUUUAAAGAACAGCAAGCAUGUCACAUCUCCAGAUGAGCUUUAGAGUAUAAAUAGAUCAAACUAACAAAAAAAGGCACAAAGAGCGGUUAUAUAUUGUUUUGAAAAGGGUUAUACAGGUUCGCCAAAGAGCUCGUACUUUUCCUUAGGUUGUUUAUUGCGUCACUCUAAAGAGCUAUUUUAGUUCCAGCUAAAAUCUAACAUUCAUACACCUAUAAAGGCAUCACUGGUGCUGUUGCUUGCAGCUGCUGCUGCUUUGCUUACUUGGGGCAAUUUAGUGUUCAGUGUCUUCCUUACUCCGGGCAGUCAGUGGACGGACCUUUCGGACCCAGAGGUCGCACUCUACCAACUACGCAAAGGCGGCACCACCACAGGAACGAGGCAUGGCUGGGAAGCCAUUUCGGGCCACACAAAUCUGGAGCAGCAUCAUCUCCAACCUCCACACUCACGUGGAGGUCAAGCGCCGGCGACACAAUCUCAAGUCAUACCAGGACUGUUUCCUGGGGUCUGAGGCGGUGGAUGCAGUGUUGGCACACAUCACUUUAAAUCGCUUCUUUGGCGACGAGGCGGUCCCUCGCCAGAAGGCCGUGCGACUUUGUCAAGCCCUCAUGGACUCCAAAGUCUUUGAGCCGGUGGGCGUUAAAGUGUUUGGCAAGGAAAAGAAGCAGGCCACAUUUGAGGAUAGCAGCUGUAGUUUGUACAGGUUCCCAAGCCCAGAAACGGGCUUGGCACAUCUGACCAACACCAAGUCCAGCUCCACAGGAACCAUAGAGAGUGGUUAUGACUCUCCAGACAUAAGCAGUAACAAGAACAGCUACAGUCCAUUGAGUGAAAGACAAGAGGUGCCGAGCUACUCCACUCACUCCCCUGUCAGAAGAGGCAAAUCAAUGGAGGACAUUCUGAGAAAUCUCAACCUGUGCUCCACCGUCACACCUCAAAUGAUCAACCUGGGCCUAUCUCGAGAGCUGCUCGCUGAGGUGUGGCACCAGCAGGCUGUGUACGGGCUCCUGCAACUCAUCGAGCUCCCGCUGCUGGAAAACUUACUGGAAGACGAUGGGGCCUCAAGGGCUUCUUUGCACGGUGGAGACAGUGAAUCAGACCUGCUCUUGGGAUCGGGCUACUUGGACAGAGAAGUGCUCAAGGCCUUCAGUGAGGCACAGGCAGAUGAAUGGAUGUCUGGUGCAGUGGACUGUCUGGAGUACCUCCCCGACAAACAAGUAGUGGAGGUCAGCAAAGGUCUGGCGGGCUGCGCCAAUGACCUCAAUGAGUAUAAGAGGCUGCUCUACGACACCCUGGCUAAGCAUUACUCCAAAGCUGAGCAGACGCCGCUCCUCAGCAACCACGUGUUUGACAUAUAUUCGGGCAUUUCGGAGCUUCUCGUGAAUGGUAAACUGGAGCAAGCUCUGGAAGCGCUGCAGCUCAGCCUCAAGUUGCAGGAUUCUCGCUCCAGAGAGGAGCUGCAGCGGCUGCUCAGGUUCAUGGCCAUCGCAGCUAACGUGCAGGACAUCAAAAUUCAUAAAGAGAUUGAGAACCGGAUGGCAGUGAAGAGGUCAUUCUCCAGCGCCAUCGUGUAUAGCAGAAGACUUUCUAAAGGCAAAAUGGACCUGAUGGUUCUCUUUAUGAUGGAUAACCACUGUGAUCUGUUCAAAGUACCCUUUUCAUUACACAAGAUGGUCAGCGAGAGAUUGAAGAAUAUUGUCAAAGGGAAGGAUGCAGAUAUGAUCACAGGAUUGACAUCUUGCACUAAACAAAGCAGGAAGGCUUAUUCUGAAAAUGGGGAAAAAUACACCAAAGAGGAAUUAUGGUCGUUACUGCGGACAAUCCACGAGAACCCCAACGUGCCCAGCAAGGAAAAGCGACGUCUGCUUGCUCAGUUUUACAAAGGCCACCCGGACAUUUUUGUGAAAUAUUUUGGCCAAAAAUUAUCAAGCAUGAAUAUGUUGCCAUAGUAAUGUUUUCUAAUUGUACAGAAUUUUUGUAAUGUGAACCGAUGUGGCCUUUGUGAAAAUAGGGAGUGUUGACUGAAUGUGGAUUUGAAAUGACUAUGCUGUGAUCUUUUUUAACACAGUUGCAUGAAUGGUUGUAUGUCUCAUUGUGCCCUGUGAUUGGCUGGCAACCAAUUCAGGGUGUACCCUGCCUACUGCCUGUAGUUAUCUGGGAUAGGCUCGAGCACCCACGCGACCCUUGUGAGGAAAAGUGGCAUGGGGAAUGAAUGAAUGAAUCGCCAAAAUGGAGCCAUUUGGAGUUCAGCGACAUUUUUUUUUUAGGAAGAAAGUCAAACAACUCUUGGAACUGAAUGGGUCGUCAUCUGUGAUGUAAGGAAGUCUCCUGAAGCAAGUUUUGUAGUUUUUUUUUUUUUUUUUAAUGCAUUUUUUGUGACACCUUUACUGAUGUACUGACUGUUUUAACCAUGAAAAGGAAGUGGAACUUACUGUGAAAUAGGAAAGUAUCUGACUGCCCAGUAAAGUAUAAGCAAGCAUAUUUAUUACAUGUGGAGGGUGAAGGGUUACUUUUUCAUUUUGGGUAAUGGUAUGGUUAAAUUAUUUUUUUUUUUCAUAUUUAUAUACCAUUACGCAUAAGCAUGUUACUGAUGAAUCUUAAACUUGACCUCGAGUUGUUUUAUUAUUGAGGCGAGAACAGAUUAAUUUGUUUGAUGCUAUUUCCCAAGGAAAAUUUUGUUUUGAAACCUGAAGUAACGACAUGUCAAUCAGGAUACCAAAACUGUUCAAUUUUACUAAUUACAAUGUAAUAGAGGUGUGAAAGAAAAAAAUGCAUGCAGUUUUCAGUAGUAGUUUAUCCAAUAUCUAUUUGCUGAGGGCUGGCAUUCAAGUAUGCUUUUAUGGACCAUACUUGACUGCAAAAGAAAUGUUUUAGUAGGAUUCAGAAAGAACAAGUUCAAUCUUAUGAAUAAUCAAGAAAUAGAUACCAGUAAUUUAGUUUCCCUAUUCAUUUUUUUUAAGGGAAUGUUGCUCUUCACGGACUCAGCUAAGUACCGUUGUGUGUGUUUUGUGAGAAUAGAACAAGUGUUUCGAAUAAAAAAUGUGAUGCAGACCAGCUGUGUCUAAGGAAGUCUUCUAACACUAAUUUGAAAGUCUUGAUGCUGCAGUGUUGUAAACACUCGCAGGGGAUUCAUGGGAAUCAUUGCCUAUGGUUGUCUGAGCCCCAAAAGUCUUGUUUUAUUCACAAAUAGGUUGUUUCAUAUAGUGUUCCACAAACGAGAUCAGUUUGCAGAGGAAACAUCUCCAUUCUUGGUAGGUAGGUGACAAAAGCCUUCGCACUCCAAAGACAAACAGCCUUCAUUACAUGAUGGCAGGUAAAUAAAGUUUGGCCUUAGUUAAUCAAACAUGUAAAGAUUAGAACAUAUACAACUGCUUGCACAGGUAUUGUCUAAGAGAACACAUACAACUGCCUGCACAGGUAUUGUCUAUUUUCUAUAGCCAUUGUAGUGUUGGAAAGAUGUAAAAUACUGCUUCCCAGUUGGGAUGUUGACCUCCCAUUUUCCUAUCAGUGGCUUUUUCAGGUUUAGAGCCCCCCUG